AUGCCCACAGUCUUGACAACGAUUUGGUGGAAUAAAACUAGGUUCAACCUUUAUGAUGAAGGCAUUAGGUUACAAUGUCAAGAUGGUUACAGCAGCUUGUGCGCUUGGUUUAUCUCUUGUAUGGAUGAAUUACCUCGUGUUUCGACAUAUUUGGAAAUUCCAAUUGCUGUUAGAGUGUAUUAUAUCGACCUUCAUCUUUGGAUGCAGUUUAGAGGCCAAAAGCUCAACAACAUUAGUAAGCGUACAAUAUCAAAUGAGAAUAAGAAUUUGACAUCAAGCUGCAUGAGUGCAAUUUUGCUACAUUCUAUUGCAUUUACAAUAGCAGAAGUAGCUAUCAUUCAUCAACAUGAAGCUCAAAUUUCGAAUGUGAUUUGUGUGACAACGGAGCUGCAUAAUACCGAAAAGAACCCAAGCUGUGUGGCACGCAGUUGCUAUUCGUGGAAUUACUAGAGAUGGUUGCUUACAGAAACAGACAUUGAUAUGUAUGCAAUUUAAGAUUGAGCAAGAGAUUUUCCUGAAACUCCAAUAAUACGAAGAAGUUCCUUGAGUUUCGAUUGUAAUUUUCUCUGAUGUAGCAAGAGCACCGAAUCGCAACCUUAUAUAUACCUUUGUUUAUAUCAGCCGGUAAGUAGGAAUGGUCGGAAUUACUCAGACAAUCCUGCCAGUUGAUGUCAAAGCUAGG